UCGAGUGCUUUCAAAUUAAAGUGAAAGUGCUGUAGAAAAAUUUAAACUCUAUUGAAGUGUUAAUCCAAUCUUAUGAAAUGUUAAUUCAAAAUUAUGAAAUCCUUUUUUAUCUGCAGCGAACCUAUAAAAAUCGGUUGUCGUAACGUUAUAUCGUACUGUAGUGAAAAUUAUUUCCGUAUUUUAUUUAAAAAAAUAGAAAUAUUCUUUUUGCAUUUUUGUAUAAUUUUCCAGAGAUAUCAAUUAAAAAUGCAAAGUCAGCUCAUUACUGAUCAAGGCCUUCUGAGGAAAGCUUCUGGACGCAUCUUUCCAGGAUUUCAAAAAGAUAAUGAAGGAGAAUGGAAAGGGCCAUUUUGUUUCAUUCAAGGUGCAGACACUCAACUUGGAAUGAUAGAAAAUUUUAGAAAACAGCCGGGUUGGGGCUGGGAAGAAGAUCUUCAGCUAACUAAGUCUGCUAUAGCAGCUGUAAAUGCUUUAAUUCCCCGUCCACGUUUCUUUAUCGUUUGCGGGGACAUGGUACAUCACACGCAAGGUGAAGAACACCGGCAUGAACAAGAGCAAGAUUUUAUACAACUAUUCAAAGAACUAUCCCCUGAUAUACCAUUGGUGUGUGUAUGUGGAAAUCAUGAUGUGGGCAACACUCCAACACCCCAGACUAUUGCUGGGUUCCGGCAAACAUUUGGGGACGACUAUUUUACUUUCGUCUGUGGCGGUGUUAUGUUCAUCGUGUUGAAUUCUCAAUAUUUUUAUGAUCCUUCACUGGUCUUGGGUUUGGCGGAAGAACACAAUUCUUGGUUAGACAAGCAAUUGGAAGAAGCCAAGACUGGAAAAUACAAACAUGUCGUUAUAUUUCAACACAUUCCAUGGUUUCUGGAUACUCCAGAAGAGAAGAAAUGUCAUUAUAACUUGCAUCCUGAACUCAGACGAAAAUGGUUGCCUAAAUUUUUAGAAUCUAAUGUAAAAGCUAUUUUUUGUGGUCAUUUUCAUGGCAACGCCGGCGGAUUUUACGAAGAGUUGGAAAUAGUUGUAACAUCAGCCAUUGGAGUACAAAUGCGAAAGGAUAAAUCUGGCUUUAGAAUAGUGGUAGUUGACGAAGACAGUAUUAAACAUAAAUAUUAUGCUUUAGAUGAAGUUCCUCAGACCAUAUCUUUACAGCCGAAGAACUCUGAAUUAUGUUUAAAAUAA